AUGGUCAAAAGUGGGUAUAGAGUUGGGAGGGAAAUGAAUCUUCAUCCCACGAGAUGCUCAAAUAUGGGAGAAGUUAAUAAAUGGUGGAAAAUGCUUUGGAGUUUGCAGCUGCCUCCGAGGAUGAAGCUAUUUGGGUGGCGGGUUUGCCACAAUUGGCUGCCAGCAAAGACUAACUUGUGUCAUCGACGUAUGAAUGUCAGCCCUGUUUGUGAUCUUUGUGGAAGUCAUGCUGAAACCCUCCCUCAUGCAUUGUGGAAUUGUGAUAAAGUAAAAGUUGUGUGGAAACUACUUCCUUGGGAGAAGCUCUCAAGGAGUGAGUUUGAAGACUCUCUUAAGAUCAUGUGGGCUAUAUGGGAGAAUCGAAACAGAAAGUGGAAUAAGCUCCCUAUUAUGAAUGGGGCUCAGGUGUUACAUUGGGUUUUCACAGCUUAUCCUGCUUCGAAUAGCAACCCAAGUGAUGAUUUGAAGACUAGGGUGGCCUCCCCAUCUAAUUCGACGCAUUGGAAGGCUCUUAAUAUGGGCAGUAUAUGUGCAAAUUGUGAUGCUGCGAUUAAUCCUAAUCAGAUUGGAGUGGGUAUGGGCUUUCUGUGGCAUGACUGGAACGAAAAAGUGCUUACUGCAGGUAUGGUAUACAUUCCCAGUUGCUGUUCGGUGACUGUGGCUGAGGCUUGGGCCAUUUUGGAAGCUAUAAAAGGACGGCCGAGUACUGAUACCAGACCUUUUGAGAUCCGGUCGGAUUGUAAAGCUGUGGUGGAAGCGAUCAAGAACCAGGAUAACCAACUGAGUGCUGCAGGAACACUUAUUCAUCAAAUAAAGGCUCGAUUGGAGGAUUCUAAUGACUAUAAUAUCAGUUUUGUAAAUAGAAACCAUAACGAAUGUGCUACUAUGUUAGCUAGGAAAUGCCUAGCUACUAAAACCUCACAGUUUUUUGCUCAUUUUAUCCCUGGAUGGUUGGCCAAAUUUUGUAAGGCCGACUGUUCUGAUAUUUUGUAG